AUGACGACCGCAGACCCCGAAAAGGCCUCGCAUGAUGUCGCGACAUCACCGGACUCUUUGGACCGGACACACUCCCAUGUCGUUAAUGAGGAUCGCUUGCGCCGCUCCCUCAGCGCCCGACAGGUGCAGAUGAUAGCUAUCGGAGGCACCAUUGGAACUGGACUUUUUCUCGGUACUGGCAAAGCUCUCACAACCGGUGGGCCGGCUUCGCUGCUCAUCUGCUAUUCUAUCGUCGGCUUCAUCGUCUUCUGCACCAUGCUAUCGCUCGGCGAAAUGGCUGCCUUUGUUCCUGUCGCAGGCUCCUUCUGCACGUUCGCGGGCCGCUACGUGGAUGAUGCGUUUGGCUUUGCGCUGACAUGGAACUACUGGUUUAAUGAUGCUGUCAGCACUGCGGCAGACCUGGUCGCUUUACAAUUAUUGAUACAGUACUGGAGUGAUAGCGUCCCAUGGUAUGCCGUGGGAAUAGCGGUUUGGGUGCUUAUCGUAUUGGCGAACAUCAUCAACGUUAAAGCCUAUGGCGAGCUUGAGUAUUGGCUGAGUCUACUAAAGGUGGUGACCAUCAUUAUCUUCAUCAUCCUUAGUAUUGCAGUCAACGCUGGUGCCAACACCGAUUAUGGGUAUAUUGGAGGAAAAUUUUGGACUACUGGAGAUGCGCCAUUUGUGGGUGGCAUCGGAGGCUUCGCAUCGGUCUUCGUCACGGCAUCUUUUGCCUAUGGAGGGACUGAGUCCAUUGCAAUCACCGCUGGAGAGACGCGCGACCCAGCACGUACGCUUCCAAGGGUCGUAAAGAACGUCUUCUGGCGCAUCUUGCUCUUCUAUAUCCUUACGGCCAUUAUGAUCGGAUUCAACAUACCGUACGACUAUCCAGGGCUUUCUACAAAGUCAUCUCGCACAUCGCCUUUCACCAUCGCAUUCCAAAUGGCAGGCUCGAAAGCAGCUGGAUCCUUCGUCAACGCGGUGGUCCUCACUAGUGUCAUAUCAGCCGGUAAUCACGCGCUCUAUGCCGGCUCGCGAUUGCUCUACACACUCGGCGCGAACGGGCAUGCACCAAAGGUGUUCACAAAGCUGACACGCUACCAAGUCCCAUGGGUUGCAGUGAUAACUACAAGCUUAGUGUCUAUCGUGCUUUUCUCCCUCUCUUUUGCCGGGUCGGGCCAGGUCUGGACAUGGUUGCAAAAUAUUGUAGGCGUCUCGAACCAACUGAGCUGGAUCAGCAUUGGUAUCUCCUCGCUGCGUUUCCGCGCAGGCCUCAAAGCUCAGGGAAAAGAGCAUUUGCUACCCUUUCGAAACUGGAUGUAUCCAUGGGGCCCCAUAAUCUGUGUGGUUCUGAACUCUUUCAUCGUUUUAGUGCAGGGUUGGUCCUCAUUCAGCCCCAAAUUUGCUGCCGUGGAUUUCGUUAGCUUCUACCUGGAGCUUCCAGUGUUCCUUCUAAUGAUCGUCGUUUGGAAAUUGUUGAAGAAAACGAAGUUCAGGAAAGCGAGUGAAAUGGAUCUCGAGACAGACGUUUACACCAAGGAAGACAUGGAGCCGGCUGAAAAGGGGUGGAAAGGCAGGAGCAAGAAGAUUGGAACAUGGUUUUGUUUUUGA